AUGUGGAACAAAACUAGAACGACGCUUCUGGGCGUUGGUGUCCUAUUCCAUUUGUUUUACCUAUGGUCUAUUUUUGAUAUUUACUUCAUUUCACCGCUAGUUCACGGUAUGAGCCCAUACCAAAGUACUCCAACGCCUCCGGCGAAGAGAUUGUUCCUGAUUGUUGGUGAUGGUUUACGUGCCGAUACAACAUUCGAUAAAGUCACCCACCCAGUGACUGGAAAGACGGAAUUUUUAGCACCUUUUAUCAGAUCUUUAGUUAUGAACAACGCCACUUAUGGUAUUUCACAUACUAGAAUGCCCACUGAAUCCCGUCCUGGCCAUGUUGCUAUGAUUGCUGGAUUUUAUGAAGAUGUUAGUGCCGUCACAAAGGGCUGGAAAUCAAACCCUGUCGAUUUUGACAGUUUUUUCAAUCAAUCCGCUCACACAUAUUCCUUUGGCUCACCUGAUAUUUUACCGAUGUUUAGAGACGGUGCAUCUGACCCAAAUAAAGUUGAUACUUGGAUGUAUGAUCAUACUUUCGAAGAUUUUACACAAUCUUCCAUAGAACUAGAUGCCUACGUCUUCAGACAUUUGGAUCAAUUGUUCCGUAAUUCCACGCUAAAUUCAACACUGGAUUAUGAAAUUAGACAAGAUGGUAACGUAUUCUUUCUACAUUUGCUGGGUUGUGAUACCGCUGGACAUUCUUACAGACCCUACUCUGCUGAGUAUUACGAUAAUGUUAAAUAUAUCGACGAUCAAAUCCCUAUUCUUAUAGAAAAGGUUAACAGAUUUUUUGCUGAUGACAAAACCGCAUUUGUCUUUACUGCAGAUCAUGGUAUGAGCGCGUUUGGAUCACAUGGUGACGGGCACCCUAAUAAUACUAGGACACCCCUUAUUGCUUGGGGUGCCGGUCUGAAUAAACCAGUGCAUAAUUCGUAUCCGGUAUUCGACAACUAUACUGAGAAUUGGGAGCUGUCCAACAUUAAAAGGAAUGAUAUCAAACAAGCCGACAUUGCCUCCUUAAUGUCGUAUUUAAUUGGUGUAAACUAUCCAAAAAACUCGGUAGGUGAGUUACCGAUAGCAUACAUCGAUGGAAAAGAAAGUGACAAGCUGGCCGCAUUGUAUAACAAUGCAAGAAGCAUUUUAGAGCAGUACUUAGUUAAGCAAGAUGAGGUUAUAGACUCCCAAUUUUUUUACAAAGAAUACUCCAAAUUCGUCGAGAAACCUCAUUUGCGAUACUUGGAGGAGAUAGAAACCUUAGUUCAGCGCAUAUCUGAGGGCGAGAAUUAUUUAGAACAGGAAGCAAUUACACUUACAGAAGAACUAAUGCAAACGACUUUGGAAGGUUUGUAUUAUUUAACAACUUAUAACUGGAGAUUCAUCAGAACUAUUGUUACAUUCGGGUUUGUAGGCUGGAUUUUUUUCUCCUUCAUAAUAUUUUUGAAAUCAUUUAUCUUAGAGAAUGCCAUGGAUGAUCAGAAAAAAUCACCAUUAACUCAUGCAGCAUUUGGCUCCAUUGGAAUUUUGUUGAAUUGGAUUUUAUUUUACCAGCAUUCUCCUUUCAACUUUUACAUGUAUCUUCUCUUCCCAUUAUACUUUUGGAGUUACAUUUUCACCAAUAGAUCCGUAUUACGCACAGGAAUCAAGGAAUUUUUUAAAGGUACCUCUCCUUGGAAAAGAGUUUUAAUUAUGAUUUCAAUCAUUUCUGUUUAUGAAGGCAUUGUCUACGGAUUUUUUCACAGAUGGACAUUCACAUUAAUCACAAACUUACUAGCAUUUUAUCCAUUUAUCUGCGGUGUGAAAAACUUAUCCGUGAAUGUAUGCUGGAUUAUGACGAGUGUGCUUCUAUCUACAUUUACAUUGUGUGAUGCUGUUAAGAUCGAAAGCUUAAACCAGAUACAUUUAGCAGGGUUAUUGAUUAUUAUAAGCUCUUUUUAUGGUCUCUACAAAAUAUAUCCAAACUUAAAUUCCUAUACUCGUACAAUAUUUACCAUACAAAUUUCCUUAGUAGCAGCCAUGCUGGCAGUUACCCAUCGUUCGGCUAUUUCUCUGCAACUAAGACAAGGGCUACCAAAAGAAUCCCAGAUUGCCGGGUGGGUGAUUUUUUUUGUAUCUCUUUUCGUAAUGCCAUUUUUACAUUACAGAAAACCUAAUAAUGAUUAUAAAGUUAGGCUAUUGAUCAUAUACUUAACUUUUGCCCCGGCCUUCAUCAUAUUAACUAUCUCCUUUGAAUCUCUGUUCUACUUCUUGUUCACUGUUUACAUGAUACAGUGGAUUGAGAUUGAGGACAAAAUCAAGCAAAUGAAAACUAAAAAGAAUGAAAAUUGGUUACAGGUUUUAAGGGUUUCCGUGAUCGGGUUCUUUCUAUUGCAAGUGGCAUUCUUUGGAACCGGUAACGUCGCUUCUAUUUCUUCAUUUUCAUUGGACUCUGUUUAUAGAUUGUUACCAAUUUUCGAUCCUUUCCCAAUGGGUGCAUUAUUGAUGUUGAAAUUGAUCAUUCCCUAUGGGUUACUGUCUACAUGCUUAGGUAUACUGAAUUUAAAACUGAAUUUUAAGGACUACACAAUCUCAUCAUUGAUCAUCUCAAUGAGUGAUAUAUUGUCCUUAAAUUUUUUCUAUCUCUUAAGAACGGAGGGUUCAUGGUUAGACAUUGGUAUAACAAUAUCCAACUACUGUUUGGCCAUUUUAUCCUCAUUAUUCAUGUUAAUUUUGGAAGUGAUUGGUCAUUUGCUGCUAAAAAAUGUUGUUAUCCAAGAUCAAAUCAAAAAAGCACAAUAG